GACCAUCCCAUAAUUUUCUUCUGGGUAUAUAUGGCACCACCACCCACCACAUCUUUAACGUUCACAGUGAGGAGGCAGAAGCCUGAGCUGGUCCCUCCAGCAAAGGCCACACCUCAUGAGUGCAAACUGCUUUCUGACAUCGAUGAUCAGGAAGGUCUUCGGUUUCAGAUCCCAGCCAUACAGUUCUAUCGGAAUAUAGGAACGGGAGGAAGAGGCAUAGACCCUGUGAAGGUCAUCAGAGAAGCUCUUGCCAAAACCCUUGUUUUCCACCACCCAUUUGCUGGUCGUCUUAGGGAAGUCCCAGGCCGGAAGCUUAUGGUAGACUGUACCGGUGAGGUUGUCAUGUUCAUUGAAGCUGAUGCCGACGUCACCCUCGACCAGUUCGGCGAUUGCCUUCAACCUCUGUUCCCCUGCUUGGAGGAGCUUCUCUACGAUGUUCCCGGCUCCGGAGGGGUCCUUAACUGCCCUUUGUUGCUUAUUCAGGUACACUUUUUUUUUUUUUUGGGGGGAUAUUUCAGAAAAGUCCCAUCAGGGACCAUUAUUCCUUUGGAUGACAUGGCCCACAACUCUUUAUUCUUUGGGUCCACUCAAGUGUCGGCUCUUCGUAGGUUCGUGCCUCCCCACCUGCAGGGUCAGGGCGAAUGUUCCACCUUUGAAUUGCUAACAGCCUUCUUGUGGCGUUGCCACACCAUCACCCUUCAACCAGAACCAGAGGAGGAGGUGCAUAUCCUUUGCAUCGUCAAUGCUCGUGCCAAAUUUGACCCUUCCCUACCCAACGGUUACUACGGCAAUGCCUUUGCAUUCCUGGUGGCCAUCUCCACUGCCGGGAAGCUGUGCAACAACCCCUUGGGGUAUGCCCUGCAACUUGUCAUGAAAGCCAAGGCAAAUGUCACCGCGGAGUAUAUGCGAUCAGUGGCCGACUUGAUGGUGAUCAAAGGACAACCCCACUUUAUGAUGGUGUGA